CCCGGUAAUGCGUACCGUGUUGUGUUAGCUCCUGGCUGGGCCAAGCAGCUACGAGCGAGCCUAAGCAGCUAGUAUGGCGGAGGAGAGCAGUUUCCCCGAGUUGGAGGGGCUAGAAAAACAAUUGGAGUCACUGAUAAGCUCUCAUUCAAGUGACGACUUGCAUGGAGACAGCAAAACGUACUGUUCGGAAUUUUGUAAGCUGGUGGAAGAGUACGCCUCACGCUGUCGGACGCCGCUCCCUCGGCUCAGGAUCCUCGAGACAGCCCUGUGCCACUUCACUCGGGCCUCAUCCUUCUUCACAUCAAGCUGGGAUCACGUGCUUCACACACUCAGUAGUUUGGCCUUGAGUGUUUUUGAGUUGCUGCUUUUCUUUAAUGAGCAAGAUUUCCACGAAGAGCCGUUGAAACACUUCUCUAUUAAAUUUCAGGAAUGUCAUGUUGCCCUUUUAAAGCAUCAGAAUGUUCACUUACUUCAGGUUGAGCCUUUGCUUCGUUCAGGAGGCGCUUGGGCCAGUUCAACAUUGAAGGCAAUACUCAGCGAAUCCAGUUUACCUCAAAAUGAAGCGGACAGGUUCCUCAGCUCUGAGUUGCCAGUGUUCUUGGAGCUUCGGGUGCGCUACCUUCUAUCCUGUGAGCGUGUCCGUGAGGCUUUAGCCCUGGCUAAGUGUUGUAUUCGUCAUCCGAUGGCAGGGAAACACAUGUUCUUCCUCCAGGUCUACCUCACAUGGCUUUACAAGACGCAAUACAAUCAGCUGCUUAAAGAGGUUGCUGACCUCACUGGUAAAGAUGCAGUGCACAUCAUCUGCAGUUUAGAGUAUGAAGAAACCGAUGAACUGCUGUUAGCUCUCUGCCAGGUGUUCCUCUCACAACAACUCUGCAGGGGAGACAUGUACUAUAUAUGGGAACUUGUUUUUGUGUGGAGCAAACUUCACAAACGGCUGAAUACUUCCAAGCAAGCUUUGCUGGAAGAAAGCCGUCGGCUAAUGCGGUCUGCUGCCAACGUCAGCUCUGUCUUCCCAUUUGUCAGAGUUGUUAUUGAAGAGCUCGGUGCAGACGGGGUCCAAUUUUGUGUGGAGCUUUGUGCAGAUGCCUUGAAAUCUUGUGUCCCAUGUGACAUUAACACCAAGUCGCUGAUCUAUAAAACUAUUGCUGGCCUGCUGCCCAACGAUUUGGAAGUGUGUCGGGCCUGUGCGCUGCUUGUCUUCUUCUUGGAACGCAGCGUUGGGGCCUACAAGAUGGUGUAUUUCCUGUAUAUGAUUCCAGACCAGGACUACCAUGCCGAGCACAGUCCCAUCAAGAAUCAAACGCGAUUUGAAACGCUGCAGAUUUUGAAGAAGGACCUUUAUUUUGAUCCAGAGUUUUGGAACCUCAUUGCUUUGCGGACCAAUUGUUUGAAACUGAUGAGCGAGAGGGUGGUUGACGCUUCACUCGACGAACUCAUGGAGGAAUCGUGGGUCCCAAACUACUGUGCCAAAGACCUUCCCUUUGUGUGUAGUACAUCAACAGCAAAUGCUGAUAAUGGAACAGCAAAAAGGCCUUGUCAUAAUGAUGGCAGUCACAAAGAAAUUAGCUCUGAGGAGACACCCAAGAAACUCAAGGUGGUCCAAGGCAAAACAGGACUGAAUGACAGCAAUGCCGUGAAAAAAAAGGCUCCUGAUAACGGAACAGCAAAAAAUCCUAACGAUGGGAGGCAUAAAGAAAUUAGCUCUGCGGAGUCACCCAAGAAACUCAAGUUGGUGCAAGGCAAAACAAGACUGAAUGAUAGUGACGCUGUGAAAAAAAAGGUUAACCACAGGUCACGUUUCACAAAGGAAGCAUCAUCGCAACCUUUGCGGCGCUCAUUUUGGCAGCUUGACAGGGUACAUGACAUUGGGUCUGGGCAGCUAAGACGAGCUACUCGACUAUCUGCAAAAGAUCCUCCAAAGCGAAGGAUUCAAAAACCCAAAUGGCUCCUGGAAGAUUCUGCUAAUCUACAAGAGUCAAAGCUUAGGAAACGCAGUUUGAGAAACCAAAGAGUGCAUCAGUCGUCUGCCCUAAAGAGGUCUGAAAAUGGUCGGCCCAAGAACAGCACACAAGCCAAGGCGUCGGAAAACUCUUGCACAAAGCAUGAGACAGCAGAUGCUCUUGAACCAGCUUCUACUCCACAAAUAAUUUUGGAGCUGUCGCUACCAGACAAUGAGCUGCUGGGAACCUUCGCCGAAGACGGCAACAAAUUGAAAGGAUGCCCUCCGAUGCUCUUUUAUAAGCCAACACUAAAGCUUCCUGACCCCUCCCAUCCUGUGAAGGUGCUGCAUGGAAAAGAGGUCAUCCUUCGAGCAAGGGAUGAAACUAUGCUUGUGCAGCUCUUGCACUGUUACGCUCGCAGGCCUAAAGGAAAGGGUAAAGGGUCAAAUAUUCAUGGAUCUGUAUCAACAAUCACACGCUCUUCUGCGCAUGGGAGUUCCCUCAAAGAACCACAGAGCAUGCUUUGUGAGAAACCUAAUGCUGAGACAAGGGUUGGUUUGACCUCGGAGGAUGCGGUUACAACCGAACACCCAGAAACACCGAGCCCGGUUCGACAGUCGUUAGCAAAAGAGCCUUUAGAAAGCACAGAGAUAAAGAAAAUAGUUUAUUCAGAAAAAAUAAUUGCAUUAAAAGGAACAGAAAGUUGUAUUUUAGGUCAAACUGCUCACUCUUCAAAAACAGACAAAGUCCAUUCCACGGUUGCACCUGUAGAACCCAGUGAUGAACGUUCUGUUGAAAUGAAGGUGACUUUAGCUGCACAAAGCCGCGCAGUGGAGAAAGUCACACAACAGCCAACUACAUCUUCCAUUGACUUUUCACCAACCUUUGAUACGCAAAGCAGAAAAAUAGAAGGUACUGAUUACACCCCGUCAAUGUCCAACACAUUACCUUCUCAAAGCUCUGACUCUACGUGUCACACGCCUCUCCAAGGUAGACAAGCUCUUGUAUACACAAAUGAACAAAAUCCAAAGCCACUCAGCCCUCAUUCUGAAAAUGGCAAAACAUGCAUUGACAAGGCCAAAGACAUCACGGAGGAUGCACAAAACGAACAUUCUAACCAUAUGGAUGACAUUUCAGCCUUAGCAACAGAGACUCAGUUUUCUCCAGUUGAACUUCUCCCAGACUUGGAGAAUUGCAAACCACCUACAGACGCUAACUCCAAGAAAUCGGUGCCCCAAAAUGAAAGCAAUUUUGCGAAUACAGUGCCAGAACCAUCCACCACUGGUAAUACGCAAGGAUAUAAUCAUGAAACGCCAGCCGAAUAUGACGACUAUGAGGAUGACUUUGAGGAUGAUGAGUCAAUAGAAACAGAGGAAUCCAAGUUGGAGUACUGUUGUACUUUUUGUCACAAAGAAUUUAAGGGCAGACGCGUAGUAAUGCAUGCUAUGUUCCACUUCCGUAAGGAUGAGUGUAUGUUUUGUGGGACCACUUUUAAAGAUGACCUCCUGGCAAUGAUGCACUUGUCUGAUCACAUUGAGAAGCUCAAAAGAAGCAGGGAGGUAGCCAGUAGCAAAGCUCAACAAACCUGUGAGUCAGAAACCAAAGAUUUCUCCCAACCCAAGACCUCUGCCAAAGCUAAUGUUCCCAACAGCCUGUCUGGUCAUUACCAUAGUAGGAAGCUGAGGAACUCCUCUGUCUGCAAUAAAUCUCUUAGUCAUCCAGAAGCAGACUUUCGAUUAGAAUCGAGAAAUUUGCGAUCAAAGGCAGUCGAUAGUCAAUUUGUACAGAAAAACGAGACGAAUGAGUGCAUUGACGGCAAAUCUCCUGAGAGCAAGAUAAAUGGACUUUUUGACAAGAAUAAAUUUGACCAAAUGAAACAUAGCAACUCAAAAGCUGAAGACAACCAGGCAACUCCAACACACGAUACUGAAGACAAAGCAGACCACCGCGAGUUGACUCAUGCAAUGGCCAACUCUUGUGAUUCCUUUGCAUCUUCGGUUCAGAAGAGGAAAUGCGUUGAAGGUUUAAAGAAUAAUGUCAUUAAGGACGGGAAGAAGCCUAUUCAGGAGAAAAGGGUAGAGCCCAAAGCGAAAAUUAACUGUCCAGCAGAUGGAUGCACUUGGUCUACAGACCUUUCUAAAAACCGUGUUGCUCUUCUCUACCAUGCUCUCGAGCAUCACUACGGUGACAUCAAACCUUUAGAAAUGUCAUUGAAAGUUGCAAACAACAAGUGCAGUAUUUGCAAGAGGGUUCUAUGGAGUUUUGAACAUUUUCAGCAUCAUGUGGAAAGACACCGCCUCAGUCCUCGCCAUCCUUGCCUUCAUCUGGGUUGCACUGCCAGGUUCAAAACUGGAAACGAAAUGAGCCGACACGCAAGAAAACACAGUCCACUGCAGGCAGUGUGCUGCUUGCCUGGUUGUUCUAAACUAUUUAUUUGUCUCUGGGCACUGAACCUUCAUGAAAAAGAGCACUAUGCUUCCAAACCCAUCAAGCCAGUUAAGACUGUGGACCUGCAGAUAGACCUUAAACCUAACUGCAUGCAGGUAAAAGCUACGGAAGGGACUUUGAGCCAGUCCACUCGUGUAUUAAGGCGGCAUGCAUCUCGAGAUGCGACGGCGAAAUCUGCCAGUGUUCCUCCUCCCAUGGCGAAAGGAGAGCUAAAAAACAGAAGUGAAUCCAAGCAUUCUAAUGUUUUGAAGAAUCUCUCCAACAAGGACACCACCGCACAGUCCAGUAAUCAUAGUUUGAAUCUGAGGUUAAGAAAAGGUCAAACAUCAGAGCCUCGGGAAUUACCCCUUUUCAGACGUCGGCUCAAACUGAGGCAUAAAUUCAAGAAAAAGCAGGUUCAUGUCAACCAAACUGGAAUGUUCCCUAAAACAAGAGGCCGUCCACGAAAGGCAAACAAAGCAGCACGUGACGAAAACACGACGACGGGACAAAACGGUCAAAGUCCAAAGAGUGAAACCCCAGACGGUCCUGAGACGCCAACAUCUCCAACGGUUAGUAGCAAGUUAGAAAUGAACGAAAAGCAAGAGGAAGUCAAUGACGACGACAAGAUUCUACACCAGAAUUCAAAUUCCCAACAAACAGUGAGCAGUUGUGUUGAACAAAAGAUUUCUUUGCACAGGGGCUCCCCUCUAACUGCAGCAUCUCGGAGUUCAGUUGUCCAUGCGCUCAAAUUAAGAGUUCUUAAUUUGAGGAAGCGCUGUGCUUCAAAGGGCAGAGAGUCUUUGGAAGCCAGUAGGGCAAAGAAGGAAAGGCUUACACUUAGAAAAAGUCCCCGCAGACGGUCUAGCCUGCAGGCAGCUUCAAGGAAGCCUGCAGCGUCAACUCAUGUAGCCCGGAGGUCUGGGGAGGAAAAGGGAGAGAAAAGGCAUUCUUCCAAAAGUAGCCCCGCUGAUCUUAUUCCUGCUUCCACUAAGGUGAACGUGAAGAAAACGCGACCUAAAAAGAAAAAAACAGGAAAGAUGCUUCAGAUUGGUGACAAAAAAGUCGGCGGGACGAUCUGCCCCAGUUUGGAAAAAAAGUCAAAUGAAGAACAUCAUAAUGUGACAAGUGAUGGCUCCAGUUCUACCACGUCCGAUUGGAAUAAAAAAUCAAACGAAGAACCUUCAGAGGCGACGAGAAGUGGCUCCACUUCUACCGUGUCCAAUUUGGAGAGAACGUCCAAGGAAGAACUUUCAGACGUGACAAGUGAAGUCUCCAGGGAGGAACCUUCAAAUGUGAUGAGCGAUGGCUCUGGUUCCACCAUGUCCAAUUUGGAGAGAAAGUCAGUGGAAGAACCUUCAGCUGUGACUAGUGCCAGUCCCACCACGCAAAUGUCCAUAAAAGAACCUUCCAAUGUGACGUGUGAUGGCUCCACGUCUAUCACGUCCAAUUUAGAGAGCAAGUCACAGGAAGAACCUUCUCAUGUGUCAAGUGAUGUCUCCAUUUCCACCAUGCCAAAUUUAGAGAGCCAGUCAACGGAAGAACCUUCUCAUGUGGCAAGUGAUGUCUCCAUUUCCACCAUGCCCAAUUUAGAGAGCGAGACAACGGAAGAACCAUCUUCAACCACGUCAACAGUUCAAGCAGAACCUUCUUCAAAAAAGGAUGUGCAUGUUCAGAGAAACAAAGGAUCCAAGGCAAGUAAAGAAGGUGAAGUAAAGAGUGGCAGGAAAAGACCCCAUCCAGACCAACGUAUUGCUAAAAUAGCAACCGAGUCGAAAACUCAAGCUUCAAUCGGCAGUGAAGUGAAGGUGGGAGAAGCGGACAAUUGUGCCAGUGAGCAGCUAAACGUAAACAAAACGCCCGAGUCUGUCAAAGACAAGCGUGGUCAAGCGAAGUCCAAGUUAGCAAAAGAGCACGAUGGAUCCACAUUGUGCAUGGACACUCUGGCCGAGUACGGCAAGAAGCACAUGCGUGCGCCUCCCACGGCCUACCUCGACGAGAAGUUCACCACCAUGCCCAAAAAAAGGAAGGACGCGGCAUCCGACAUCUACACCUCGCUGGAGGAGGCUCCUGUCACCGUCGCGCCGCAGAGACAUCGGUGUGCCAAUUGCUUCACGACGUUCAACAGUGCAGAAGAGCUGCAGAGCCACCAUCGUUUACAGCACUGUACCAACCUCUUUGGCUUUGACUCUGAUGACGAAGGGAAUUGUUGAACUACCUGACUUGAAUCUAAGUGAGCGGACCUUGUGGAUGCAGAAGUGACUGGCCGGUGGAACUUGUAUGGGACUGUGGGGUGUAUGUAUCAAAGUCCACCAGACCACUUCAAGACUUAAUAAUGUAUGCUGUACAGACCAAAAGCGCCAUAAUGGCGAUAUUUGUUAAUGAAGGCCGGUGGCUAGUCGAUGAGUUAAAGGCCUGCAGAAGCCCAGUCAGUUUUGCUGAACCGUUUGUACUGAACUGCCUGCCCUGGAUCCACCUUUUCUUGUUUCGCCAGAGUCGACCGCAACCGACACACGGACAGAACUGCCGCAAGGAUACUCUUUCUCCAUCAGUAAGCCAUAAGAAAGAAAAAGAAAACCCAGAUGCUUUGUUUGCAUUUUGCACUCUUGUCAUAAUCUACAAGGUCAUACUUUUAACAUUGGACAAUGAAAUGAAUUUCCAAUUUCCUACUCUUGAUCUUUUCUUGGUGCUGCCACUAGGGGUCAGCUUGCACUCAUAGUUCUGAAGUCUGCAGCAUUUCUUACCCUAACCAAGUUAUUUUUUGCAGGUUUGCUUCAUUGCAUUGACUAUUUCACAAAUAUUGCAUCUUUGUCAUUGAACUGUAUCUGCUAUAUACAUUGCCUAGGCUUCAACGAAUUGCAGAACCACAGUUUUAACUUUGCAGCAGGUUCUAUUUAUUUUAUUUUUUUUAUAUUGUACAUAUUAGAGUUUCAAUUGCUUAUGUCAGGGUUUGCUGGAGCGCAGUUUAUAUUUGUUUGGGGGAAAGAAUAAAACGUAUUUCACAUUA